UACACCAAUCGUUGAGUGACUGGACUGUAGCAAGAAUUUAGAUAGCGUCGAUGCCAAAUAAAGACUCCGAAAAGUAAAACUCAGUGGAAUAUAUGUAAAAACAGUUUGUAUCUUUCUCCUUUGGUGUUUUUCAGUAAGAAAACAGUCAGAUAACAUCCAAUUGCCAUCGACCAUACGUCCUUGAUAAACUGUUGUUUGUAAUGUUCAUCCUCUUUUCUAACGUACCUGAAAGAUGGACGAAACGGAGAUAUUUAAAAACAAUAAGAAUUAGGAACACCAAGAUAAUCAUAACGUAGACGUAAUUCAGGGAAUUUUUUCAAUUAAUUACCGUUAAAUAAUAGUUUUACAAUGCUGCCAGUGUUUUUUUCUCGUGUGUUUUUUGUGUUUGUGUCACAGCAACGAAAAAUCCUCGCAUACGUUUGAGGGGAAAUUUUUCUCAACAGCUGAUGAGCGAAAAAUAUUCUAUUUUCUCUGAAUAAUUCGCCUGAAAUAAAUUAUCAAGCUGACAAAUGUUCAAUAAGAAAUAGCAAUGGUUGAAACAGGCAGAGAGUACGUUCUACAGUGGUCUGGUCAUGCUGCUAAUAUCACUGAGAGGUUUAGUGGUCUUCUGGCACGCCAGGCACUCGUUGAUGUUACAUUAUUAUGCCAGAAUCAGGAACUUCGGGUCCAUAAACUCGUACUUGCAUCCUGCAGUCUCUACUUCGAGGAAAUGCUGGAGCAAGAUUUGGGGCAGGAGCCUACAAUUAUACUGAAUGAUCUUCAUUUUAAUAUUCUCAAGGCUAUGAUUGAGUUUAUGUAUUGUGGGGAGACGACGAUCGCCCAUUGUCACUUGCAAUCACUGCUUAAUGCAGCACAAGUAUUCAAAGUAAAACAUUUGGAGUCUCUAGUCGCUUCGAUUAUCGACUCAAACCUCCACGAGGAGACUCCCAGUGACUCCCUCGACUCCCAGGAUUCCGAAAUCGAGGACGAAAGCUCAUACUCAGCCCUCAAUAGUUCCAGUGAAAUCCAAUCCCCAGAGAACGUCGCAGAGAACUUUGAAUCGACGAAUAUCUUCGAAGAUUUAACGCUCAGCAGUGAUUCACCUCCAGACAAUGGAAAUACGGUGGAACAAGAGCUGGAUACCUGGGAUAAUUCAUCACCAGUGCAGUCACCAGAAAUACCUGAUGAGAGUCAUCAGAAUGUAAGUGAAAAGAGUCAUGAUGAUCAGUUAGACUCCCCAGGUGGAAUUGGCGAGUGCUCACGUGUUUACAUCCACAAAAAACGAAAAUGUAGUGACGAAAGAAGAGAUGAAUUCCUCUCACAGAGUCUCUUCCAGCUUCAGGAGUCUUCAACAACCACUUGCAUCGAUCUAUCUUACGAUAAAAACUGUGAUAUUUCCCCUGUUACCCUUCCCUCAGUCGAUCUAGAGUCUGAGUACAUAUUCAACCUAAACUCUGACAAUUUUCAGCCGCUGAGUCCUCCAUAUUGCUCAAUAACAGACAGAUACAAAAGUAUUUACGAUGAUUUAGAUAUCCAAAGAUUCACUCCACCUAGUUACAACAAUAUUCGGAAGAUAAAGGAAUUGUUUUCUGAUCAAAAUCAGUGCAACAAUAUUGGAAACACACCAGUGCUGAGGCGAAGUGUCAGGCUGAAUCAAUUGGAGAACGAUGACACUGUCAAUAAUAAUAGCGAAGCAAUUAACUGUAAAAAGACUAAAGACUUCAAGAAGCAGCAGUUGAAGCACCUAAAGAAAUUCAAUAAAAUAAAAUCGAUAAAGCUGAAUGGUAAAAGUAAAGAUUCAGAGUCCAGGAUAUCAGACGAGAACAGAAAACACGUCAUCAAUUCAAGACCAUUAAGGAGUAAUCGUAAAAUAGUGACGAAAAGUUCCAGUAAAUUUUCACUGUCUCGAGAAGAGCCGAAGGGUAAAAAUACUAAAAUAAAAAUAGAGAAGAUUAAAUCUCUGGAUAAAGAUGAUUUUAUUCCAGUGAAGCUGAAUACAAUAGCAUCUGUGGAUCGAUCUCUCUGGGGUGAUAUGUCAGAUUUGCUGGAGAAUUGUCAGAAUAAUGCAGUUUUGCCUGAUUACUCUCAGAGUAAGGAAAUACCUUUUGCCGUUGGGCUGCUGCCUCUUCGAGCUGCAUUGGAGAGGAUGCAAGCAAUUCCUGAUUAUCAACCGAGGAAGACACGAUCAUCUGUUGCACCGUAUAAAGUCGAUUCUUGCGGACUCAAGAGGAAAGCAAAUGGUGAUAUCGAGUCCAUUGUAAUUAGUAAGAAACAGUGCAGUCCUGAGAGGAGUAUCGAGUCUGAUACUGUCUGCCAUAUUCAAAUACACACGUCUUCCCAGUGCUCACAGAGUAAUGAAAUUGUUCAAGCUAAACCGUUUAUUUCGGUUGAACCAGCGUCAGACAAACGAUGACACAAAAAAUUGGUUAAAAUGAGGAUUUAAUUUGUUAUCAUUUCGGGGAUUGUUCCUAUUUGUUUUAUAUAUAUAUUUUUUUUUUUUCAUUGAUUUUUGGACCUCUUUUGAAGAAUCCUGCGAUUGCCAGUGGCAACAUGCCGGUGAGAACAGUCGAUUCGAGAAUAGUUUAGAGCGAAAUAGUUGAAUAAUAGAUUAAAAUCUAUCAGAACCUCGGGGAUAUCUUCUGCAGAUUAAAUUUAAAUCGUAAACACGAAUGCACGGAAUUGUUCGUGUGGAAAUAGUGGAAUCCUUUUUAGAUUCAGAGAUAUUUAUUGUUCAUUAAAUGAACUCAUUUGUUGUCGAGGUUUCAUUAUUGAAUUGUAGCGUGAAUUAUCGGAAAAUAAAAGGUUCGACUGAAAUUUAAAGUCAGAAUCUUUACCUUUCUGGGGUAUUCAUAAAAUAAUUUGUAGAGUCAAGUAAUUUCUUCCUAAUACUUCGAGGAAAGCGAAAGUUUAUUUUUGGUACUAUUUUUUGGGGUCGAUUCCGGUGAUAAUUGUGGAGAAAACAUGAACAAAUAAUCGCUCAAAUGUAGAGACGCCAGUGAAUCUGUGAUUGAGAAGAGGAAACAGGAAUUAUUGUCAAGUAUAAAUACUUUAAAUGCGUAAUAAUCGUCUUCCCUUCGCUUUCACAACAGAAUCCAUUUAUUAUGUAUGUAGAAGUGUUAAUGUAUAUAAUUUUCAUCGACAGUUGCUAUAUUGUAAUUAUUGAUUUUCAUUUAUCACAUUGAUAUUCAUCCAUGAAAUUCUAUAUAUUAUUUUGUUGAUAAGAGGAUAUGUUAUAGCGAACGAAAAGAUUGUGAUUCUAGAUUUACAAAUAACCAUCCCAAUCUUUUUGUGGAAUUACGAUGUUUAUUUCUCAUCUAAAGAAAAUCAUAUAUACCGUAAAUAUUUCGUUGAUGAAAUUGACGAGGCGAAGAACAUAUUUUUUCAAAAUAAUAAAAUUUCUAUAUACCUAUUACCUACAUAACAAUCAGAAUUUCUUUAAAAUCCGAAACAAAACCUUUCCUCAAACCGAUAAAUAACAAAUAACAAAAAAUAAUAAUGACAAAAUGCUCAUUCAAAUGUUCAUUUGUUCACGUCAAUUUAUAAUUCAGUUUUAUUAUUAUUGUUUAUCAGAUAGCUGAAAAAAAUAUCACUUUUGGUGUAAAAAAUCCUUAAGGGAAUAUCGCACACUGUCGAUACGUGAGGAUGCCAAUAAAAAUCGGAGUAAUCGAGUAAUCGAGGAAUCGAAUUGGCCGUUGGUACAUGGUUGAUUUCUCGUGAUGGUGGUGGCGCUGUUUCCUGUUCUCCAUUCUGUUCUGGCUUUUACUUGAGAGUGUGACCGAACACACACCGUGGUGUGUCCCCACGUCCGUCAUAUUCCCGGUUUGAAAGCAAGGUUGCGACUAGUUGUUGCGACGCAGGAAGGUGCAGUGAAUAGUCCGGUGUUCACACACAGCCAAAAAAA